CGUCGUCGGCCUUGAAGUCAAAGUUGCGCUCGGAUCAGCCUUGACCUCCCGCCUUGGCAUUGCAUCUAGGCUUCGUUCCUUGCCUUGACUCCUCAAACUCCUCAUCAGCUUUCGCAAUGGCUCAACAACCGCCUGGAGCGCAGAACGAAGCGCAGCAACAGCCGCAGCAGCAGAAUGGACAGUGCAGCAGCAGCAGUCGCAGCAGAGACCUCUCAGCCGCUCCGCCCUCAUCAGCAGAAGUCGAACAGGCUAUGAGCCACCUCGCUCAGCUGGCCUCCCUUCUCGAUCCAAGAGGGCGUGCUUCAUCUUCAACCUCAGCAUCGUCAUCCUCUCUCGCCCCGCAGACUGGCUUCCCAGGUCUCGUAGAGGUCCUGCCUCACCUUCUCUCCCCACUGGUGGACAUCUCCCGCUCAUCCGGCAGCGGCACGCAACCUCCACUCGCAGCCAUGCCAUCUUACGGUCCCCUCGUCAUGCAAGUACGCAGCAUCGUUGCCCAGCUCGUUGCUGCUAUGGGUGCUGCCGCAUCGUCAAGUAGUAUCGAUGGCUCUCAAGAUUCAAGCUUGAAGGUGGCAGAGUGGGCGCAUGCGAUUCAUCGCAGGCAAAGAGGUGGGAAGCGGGAGCGGCAAGGAGGAGGCGACGACGAGAACAAAGGCAAGAAUGACGACAAUGACAAGCCAACCGCCGCGCCAGCUGCGAUGAGCAAGGAAGAGAAGCGCGAAGCUAUACUGCGGGCGAGGAAGAGGAGGCGCCAGAUGGAGGCAGGACAGCAAUCGCAGCAAGGCACUGCAGAGGGCGCCGCCGAGUUAGGCGCCAAUGCACCUACUGAUGUUAAUGGGCAAGCGCACGAGGCAUCCCACGCACAAGCUCAGAGUCAAGGCAAGGAGCAGUCCUCUACACUCGAUACCAUCAUGACAGGCGAAGGAGAGACGGCGAAUUUGCAGCUUGCAUCACCAAUGCGUGCCGCCAAUGCUGAUCAGGAGAGAGCGACGAAUGGGCAAGGCGAGACAACGGCAACCUCGGUGUGAGACGCUAUCAAGCUGAUGCUCCCUUGAGCCCUCAAAAGAGUCUUCUAGAGGACUUGAUUUCCUCUUGCCGACGACAUUGGGCACGUCUCAAACAUCUUUCCUUCGGCCCGCAACCCGGCUCGUGACCAUCGUCCGCGCUUACAGCAACGAGAAGGAUCGAGGGUCAAGGGUUGCGCCGCAAAAGCAAUGCAGGCAGCGUGGCAUCAUCUACCGUUGGCAGUGUGUACAUAAGAGCGUCACCUUCGUCCCAUGAAGUCUUCUGGCUCGACACCCAUCACCAACUUCAUCUCUUUCCCCACUCGACAGUGAUGCUCCACAACCCCCGCCAGGAAAAGGUCUUGCCUAUGAUCCCAUACUUUGCCUUCUGGAGCGUUUACUUCGCUCUCGCCCUUACCCUCUCCGUAUGGACGGUCGUCGCCAUUCCCACG